GCCCUGAAUUCCCAACAACUCUAUCACACACCUACUGUGACCUCACCUGGACCCAACACAGCUUCCAUCCCACAGCUGUCUCCGAUCUUCCCCACAACACAAGAUACAGGGAAAAGAGCAGCCCUACUGAGCAACAGGAAACAUUUGAAGUGUGUUAUCUCCUUAAAUACUGCUGUCCUUGCUAGAGCUUGGUGCAUUACUGAAAUUCAGGUAAGUCAUGUUGCAUUGAGAAACAGACAGGACUCCGUCUCCUCAAGCAGAAAAAGCCAAUUCUUUAUUCACAUAAUUAAUUUUUAUACAGUUUUCACAGACCUUGUGUUCAACUCCAAUUGGCUACUAGUUUUCUUGCCACUCAAUUAAUUGGUUAAUAACUGGCAUUUUACCUUCCCAUCAAAUCUCUCUAUUCUUGGAUUGUUUAUAUAUUUUCUUCACUGAUUCUCAUGGGACAGAUCUAUUGUUUAUGCAGGUGCAAACUUAUUUUUCUUACUAGAAUAGGUUGUUGUGUUAAGUGUCUUCAUUCUUAUGACUUUUCCUUAUGGGAACUUACAAGCUACUGCUAGCUUAACUAGAGUAACAGGGCCUAGGCCAUAUUUAAUAAGACCUUUUUUUUACAGUAUUUCUACCUGUCUGCAACAAGUCACAUCAUCUUUUUGUUAGUUUUUGAACAAACAGCACAUCACUGAGCAUCAGUCCAUAGAUGUGCUGCUAGAAUCCCCACGUGGAAUAGGCUGUUGUCUUUCUCAACCCCUUUGGAUGUCCACCUUCACUCACCAUCACUCUAAGGGCAGAGGGAUAAAUAUUUGUGAACCAAGAAAAUCUGCAGCUAUCGAAUGUGUGGCAGUGGAUGGCUUUCCUCGGCCAUCGGUGCCCUCAGUGGACAGUGUGACAUUAGGUCAAAGUUUUAUGUGUGAGUCAAGCCAUGAAAGCCGAGCUCUGCUGGGUAUUAACUCUUACCAAACCUGAAAGUAGGAAUUAAAACCAGAAACAAACUCUUCUGCUACAGGCAGUGUUACUGGCAGUUGCUGGCAGUGUUGAAGCCUGAUCUCCACUGCCCUAAUGCACGAUUAAAACGGCACUUACAACUCUCUUGGUGCUAAAGUGGCAAAGAAAACAACCAAGAAUUAUUCAAUGUGGAAAAAGAUGUGUCCACCAAAUGGGGAUUUGGCAGUUCCGUGCCUCUCAUCUUUCAUCUCCUAAAUAGAGAUGACAGGCUAUCAGAGCACAAGGACAGCGACAUGAAGGGACGCGGCUCCCUCUGCUGGGCACUCCUGCAGAAUUGACACACAUCCCUGCAGAGAUGUGUGAGAUCAGCAGUGCUGUUUCACCUCCUCAUUCAUCAUGAGGCUUAUUUUAAGGAAGAAAACGCUUCCACAGCAAGACAAGAAUCUGGAGACUGCUGUUGCUGCCAGGGUUUCAUGCUGGAUGAGCUCUUCGUUGGGAUGCGUGUCAUUUGGCCAAUAUUGUUGCAGCCCAUCUUGCUUCAGAAAACUACAAAAAGGUCAAUUGUUGCUCCAUCCAAAGAUAUGGAGGGAGAGGAUCUAGCCACACCACCCCCAGUUCCAUAUAGAAACAUUUCAAAUGCAUCACUUGAGUUUGUCAGCCUUACUACAGUUAAGCUUACUUCUCUAAACAAUCUAUUUACCCAAGCCCAUCCAGAACAGCCAGAAGAAACACACCAAAAGAAAUAGCCAAAGGGGCUUUUUCAAAAUGACACAUAUAUCCCAGACAGCUUCCUUAUAUAAUCAAUUGUAUAACAGAUUGGGUUUACAAGGAAAAGUUUUGGUAGCAAGGGGGCUGCAGGGCUGCCUGAUGUGAGAAGAUGCCAGAAUCUGCCCCCGUGGUGGCAGUAGCCAGUUCCAGAUGACUCCGAGAUAGCCCUGCAGCUGGUCAAAGCUGAGCCCAUUGGUGAUAUUGGUAGUGCCUCUGUGAUUCAGAAACACUGUGCAGCAGCAGCUGGGAGAGAGUGAGAAUACGUGAGAGAAAUGCCCUGCAGAGCCCACAGUCGGUGAAGAUGGAGAGGAAGGAGGAGCUCCAGGCAGUGGAGCAGAGAUUCCCAUGCAGCCUGUGAUGACGCAUGCUGUCCCUGUGUUGGUGCGCAGUGGAGCAAGAUGUGAGGUGGGGAAAGAAGCACUAGGAGGGAAGGGGACAAGCUGAUCUUCUUCUCCAUCAGUCAGCAGACAAAGGUAGGUAAUGAAAUAAAAGGCAGUUACUCACUCAAGGAGGGAACUGCUUAACAAGAGAGGAGCUUGCCAAAGAGAAGAGGGAGUCCAUAAUGAAGUGCUUUUGCUAGCCUGCGUGUUACAUUUUCUCAGAGAAGUAUGUUCUCUCCUUCUUCAGGGGCUGCCACAAGGCAAAGCGAGCACAGGAGAGGAAGUAAUUUGUGCAUAAUGGCUACUGCUGCACACAGGGUUUUCCUUCUAGGAGCACCUGGAGCAUGAUGUUCUGGACGUUUCAUUCCUUACUUGGCCAAGGCACAGCAAACAGACAAUUCUUAGAAAAGCAGCUUCCAAAGCUGUAACUUGCUCCUCCCAGCUCCUCCCAUUUUGCUGUUGAUAAACAGUGUCUGGCUCUGCAGGCACUGCGAAGACACAGUCUCAGGGCUGGCACAGGUCUAAUACUGAAACUCUUCUUUUUGGUGCCUCACUUCUUCAAUGCUCUGGAAAGCCAGCCUUCCUCUGCUCUGGGCCCAGGAUGUGGAUGAGCAAGUGGAAACGCUAGCCACAGCGAUGCAUCCAGUCCUAAAGGCCUUUGUCUGUGGCUCCAUCAGUGGCACUUGUUCCACGCUCCUCUUCCAGCCCCUUGACCUGCUGAAAACCCGCCUGCAAACUCUGCAGCCUGCUGUGAAUGGGUCUGGUCGUGCUGGGAUGGUAACGCUGCUCUUUAGGGUUGUUCGUACUGAGAGUAUUCUGGGGCUCUGGAAAGGUGUCUCUCCAUCCUUUGCAAGAUGUAUUCCUGGGGUUGGGAUUUACUUCAGCACUUUGUACAUGAUGAAGCAAAAGUUUCUUGCGGACCGUUCACCCACAGCCCUGGAGUCUGUCUUCUUGGGUGCCGCUGCUCGUGCAGUUUCUGGGAUUUGCAUGUUGCCAGUGACUGUAGUGAAGACCCGAUAUGAGGGGGUGUGUAGGGCUCCUCGACCUGUGCCUGGCACGUGGAUGACUGACCUUUGCCUGCUCUUGCAGAGUGGAAGAUUUGGCUAUGGGAGUGUGUAUGGAGCCCUGAAGAGUAUCUAUCAGACCGAGGGGGCUCGUGGCAUGUUCAGUGGGCUCACGGCAACGCUGCUGCGGGAUGCGCCCUUCUCUGGCAUCUACCUGAUGUUCUACACACAGACCAAAAACCUCACACCUCAGGACCAGCUGGAUCCAGUGCUCAUGCCCCUGCUGAAUUUUGGCUGUGGGAUCUUUGCGGGGAUCUUGGCCUCUUUGGCAACGCAGCCUGCUGAUGUCAUCAAAACACAUAUGCAGCUGUCACCCCAAAAGUACCACAGAACAAGCCAGGCCAUUGCCUUUAUCUACAAGGACUUCGGGCUGGUUGGCUUUUUCCGAGGCGGUGUGCCCCGACUCCUCAGGCGCACUCUGAUGGCAGCAAUGGCAUGGACGGUGUAUGAACAGAUGAUGGAAAAAAUGGGCCUGAGGUCCUGACUGAGCUGCACAAGAAAGGACCAGCUUCACUCCUUCUCCCGCUUGUUGUGAUCAACUGGCACUGAGAAGUUCCCAGUUCCGCAGAGGAAUAAGCCUUCCUCAGCCAGGAAGGAAGCCCUUCUGAGACAGGGGAUUAGGCCUUUUGGCAAGUAGAGGAAAGGAAGGAUUGGAUCUUUGAGUUGUUUGAUCAAUGCAUUCCAGAAGGACUGUACUUAACAGACUGCCUUGGGAAAUGGCAGGGUUUUCACAGCUUAGUAACUAUGCUGAGAAGCCCCUUUUAAAAAGAACUCUGUGCUCACCACCUUUAUGCAAUGAGACAGUAUUAGAGCAAAAGUGUUUGAGGAGAAAACAGUGAUGGCAGAACCUGCCAGCCUGUUCCCUGCUGGCAUGGCCAGAAAAGCCACAGUGACCACUAUCUGAUAUAGAUCCUCCUUCCUCAUAUGCUUUAUUCUCACAGGGGAGCACUAGCCCCUGGUGAAAACUGGAAACAAUGUGUCUCAUGAUGCUUACAUUGCAGGAGUGGGUGGAAGAGAAAUUAAGUACAGAGGAAAAGGGUCAAACAUGGUCUCUGCCAUCACUUUUGUACUGUGGGUGAUUGCAGAGAAAGUAACUGGAACCGCCUUGCUGUGUUAUGUGUUAUUAUGUUAUUGGGCACCUUAACACUCUUGAAAUGUCCUUCUGCCUCUACAGCAGAGUUUGCACAGUAAUUAAGAAGCAUAAGGCACUUUAGAAUUGAUGCUACCAAAGUUCUACUUGUUCUCUGAAAAAAAAGAAAAGCUGCUGGUCUAACUACAGCAGGAACACUCAAGUGGGUUUUGUUGGGUUUUUUUAAUGCAGUUGUCAUAGAGACUUACUUGCUUCCUAUUCUUUAUUUGUUAAUCCCUGAUCAACACUCUCAGCGUGAACUGGUCCUUGGAUGUAACUUUUAGGGCCAUAGCUCAUAAUGCAUAAAUGCAUAAUGGAAACAGGUACAGAUACUGGCACUUCAGAUUUCCCUUAAAACAUCGCUGAUUGCAUGUGGAGUAUGUUUUGGUUUGGAAAGAAAAGGUUGCUUUCUGUAAGCUUUCUCCAAAGUUUGAGCCCUCUGGGUGCUUGGUAGUGAUCUUUAAUUCCCUUAGGGCUCCACACAGACCCUUCCCAUCUUCCUUGCUGAGCCUUUUCUCUUAUCAGGUAGUCCAUGUUCGAGUAUGCAUGAGUUUAAAUACACUUUUCAUCCUUUGUGCCUUCUUACUCUUUCCUACUGUGUUACUCAGACCUCACGGUGUGUGCCAGGUGCAGCCUGAUCCCUCCUUCACUUGUGCCUCUGUGAUGGGUUGAGUCCCUUGCAGCUCUGUUAGCAUAGCCAUGAAGCUGUUAUGGAAGUGUGCAUCCUGUUCUGUAGCGUGCCUUGCAGAAGACUUAGCUUUGGUUUUUAUUUUCUUAAAUAUCUAGGGAUAUUGCAGUUCACUUUAGAACCAGAGCACCUGUCUCUAAACAUGAAGAUACGACACUGUAGCUGUAUGAACAACCAGUGCUACCUACCUGUUGUUCAUAAAUUUUAGAGUGUAUUUUGGACAAUCACUGCCUGCCCAGGCAACUUCCCGAGUGCAAGAACAGAGGGGGUGUGGGUUGUUACAGGUGUUCUUUACCAAAUUUCAACUCCAAGAACGCAUGAUGACUGAUAUAACAGUUGAGGGAAGUGUAAGAGGACAGGAUGGAGGCUUGGAAAGUGCUGCCUGUUUUCACACUCAGCCCAUCUGUGAGGGAAGGGUGGUGCUCUGCAGUGCAGGAGUCUCCAAGAAUGGUGGUGGAGGGUUCUGUGUGCACGUCUACGUGUUAGCAACAGAGCACUGCAUCAAACCAGGCACGUGGCACGUUAUUUGUUAAAUCCUAAAUGUGAACACCUGUUCCUUUCUUUUGCUGUUCCUUCUGUCCUUAGUGACCAGAACUUGUGAGAGUGCAUGAAACCAUGGUAACUGCACAUCCUGCUUGUUUGCUAUCCUGAGCACUAUGACACAGAGCUGGAGAACCAAGUCGAGGAUUGCUGACCUGGCAGAAUAAGGUGGCAAUCAGAUGAGUUACCUCAUUUGUCCUUUAUCCCCCUAUAUAUGGGAUCAAACCAACAUUGUGCUGGGAGCCUGAAUUUAUUUGGUGCUUUAUAAAUCUGGCAUGUGAGUUGGAUCUGUUGAAUGUCCUGGGCAGUGGUAGCCAAGGGCAGUGUGUGGGAUCACCUGCAAGGUACUUCACACAUUUUGUUCCUGGUUUAGCAAUGGCAAAGCAAUGUGUAACCUGUGCAGACAGAAACUUAAGCUCUUAAAAAUGAGGCAGGCAAGCAAAGAAUGAAAGAUAAUCUGGAAUUAAAUAAGGUCCUCAUCAGAAACCUGACUUUCAGGAACACUUUGGUGGCUUUUAUGUCCCUGUACUCCUGCCUGGUCAAGUAACAAAGGAAGAAGUAGAGAGUUAAUUUCCAUGUGCUAAUGUUUUAAGGUCUACUGUGGGGUUGUUUGUUUAUUUGUUUUAAAUCUGGAAUCGGGCCUAAAGCAAUGAUAGCUUUUACUUUAGGAAAGUUUUUCCAUUCUGCUUUGGUGCUUUGUUAUUGGAGUAGAGUGAAAAACUAUAUGGUUUUUGGCUUGUGGAUUAAUCUGGGCUCCUCUGGAUUUAAGAACUAGAGAAUCUAAACUGCACUGUGUUUCAUGUACCAUUGGUGCUCCAAAUCCAAAAGCUUAUCUACUUGUGAGUUAGGGAGAAUGAAUUCUGUGAUGCAAGCUUGUUUGUUUCUCUUUGUUAUUUCUUUUGUCAGGUUUCAUAUAUGGGGGAAGGGAAAGCCUGAAGUUUUGCUUCGUUCUAUUCUGAAAGCUUUAUCACAUGGUCAGGCAUAAGACUGUUUCUCAGCUCUGAUCCUUACUGUCCUUCACCCUCUUCACCUCUUCAAAAACAUUCUGGUUUUGAAGUGAUUCUUGAUAGUUGCUUCUUGAUAGCUACAGCAAGUCAAGACAAUCAAGUGUGUGGACUUGAAGUUUAGAUGUAUUCUCCUUGAGGUUUAAUGCUUUUAUUAACAGCAGAUUGUCACUGUACAGCCUAAAGGUAAAGAAAAUCAAAUAAAGGAUCUGGACAGAGGUGGUUAAUCACCUGCCUCCAUCAUGCCAGAAAUUCAACACUAACAGUCUUGUCAGAUAAUCAUUUCCAAAGCCAUCUUGGCUUGGUUUCCAGAGACAGUGGUGUGCUCUCUCUGUGCACUUCAGGAUGGCAGUGGGAUCCCUCUUGGACUGACCUCUGUUGCUGGCAGCGCAGUGUUAGUGAUCGUGCACUGUCUCUUCUUGCUCCUGCAGCUGUGGCUAAGGACACAGCUGGCUGGCAUGUUGAGGCAGGCAGUGUUUAAGUGAGUUGUAAAGACACAAGAGAGAUAGUCUGAUUAUUCAUGCUUUAGAAAUCUUAUGUUUCCAUUCCUCCUGUGUGAUGAUUUGUUUGGGUUUUUUUUUCUCUCAAUCUCUUAAACAGAGCUGGAGCUUUGGAACAUUGCAUAGCUUUGAGUAUUGUGAGUCUAUAUAGUAUGUGUCUAUGUAAAAUAUUUAUGUGAAAAGGUGUAUUAUAUGUUUCUAUUAAAAACUGGUUGCUAAAAUUAA